AUGGAAGAAGGGAAUGAGAGAGUAACAGGCAUGGGAAGAGGAGGGAGACAGUACAAAAUAAAGAAUCGAUUCAUCGUGAGGAUUAUGAUGAAGGGAGGAGCAUGGAAGAACACGGAGGAUGAGAUCCUGAAGGCGGCGGUCAUGAAGUAUGGCAACAACCAGUGGGCCCGUAACUCCUCCCUUCUCGUUCGUAAAUCCGCCGAGCAGUGCAAAGCUCGUUGGUAUGAGUGGCUCCACCCUUCCAUCAAAAAGAUUGAGUGGACUAGAGAAGAAGAUGAGAAGCUUCUUCACCUUACAAAGCUUAUGCCCACGCAGUGGAGAACGAUUGCAUUUAUUGUGGGCCGUACCCCAUCACAGUGCCUGGAACAUUACGAGAUGCUCCUUGAUGAGAAUUAUCUAAGGAAUUGGAAACUGAGGCCAGGAGAGAUUGAUCCAAAUCCGGAAUCAAGGCCGGCUCGUCCUGAUCCUGUUGAUAUGGAUGAGGACGAGAAAGAGAUGCUUUCUGAAGCAUGCGCACGGUUUGCCAAUACAAGAGGCAAGAAGGCCAAAAGGAAAGCUAGAGAGAAACAACUCCAAGAGGCUCGGAGGCUAGCUUGUUUACAAAAGAGGAGAGAGUUGAAGGCAGCUGGAAUUGAUGAUGUUGAUGUUCGACAUCGAAACAGAAAGAGGAAGAAGGGUUUUAUUGACUAUAAUGCUGAAAUAGCCUUUGAGAAGAAACCACCUCCAGGAUUUUAUGAUGUUACUCAUGAAAACCGUACAGUGGAACAACCUAAUAAGUUCCCAACUACUAUUGAAGAAGUUGAAGGUGAAAGACGAGUAGAUAAGGAGGCCCGUCUGAGAAAGCAGGAUAAUAUUGCUAGGAAUAAAAUUGCCCCUUCAGCCAUUCUCCAUGAUUAUCCUGAAACACUGAGGAAGAGGACUAAACUGAAUCUUCCUGCUCCACAAAUUUCAGAUCAUGAAUUGGAGGCUAUUGCUAGCUAUCAAAGACGUUGCUGGUUUUAA